AUGCAGCAUCCAUCGGUUGGUUUUCGUGGUGGUAUUCGUAUUGGUCAUCAUUAUGCACAUAAUCAUCAUAUUCAAAAUGAUGACGAUGAUAAUUUAUCUCUUUCAAAUUCAAAUUCCGAUGAAAAAGAAGAUGAUAAUCAUGAUAUAAAACCUUCAUCUGUUUAUUCAUCAAUAGGAAUUAAUAGUGAUUUUGAAUUAGCCAUACGUAAUCUUCGUCCAUCAGCAACACGUCGAAAAAAGAUAAAAACAAAUUUAAAUAUAAGUAAACAAAAGGCUGAUUUACCACAGUUAAAUACAACGAAUGAUGAUAAUCAUAAUAAUAGUUUAAAUGAACAAAAACAAAAUGAAAAUAAUCUUCAAGAUAAACAACAAUCACGUCAAUGGUUUCCUAAACCUGAUGUUGGUCAUGUAAAUUCUGAUGAUUUCAUUCGUCAUAAUCAUGUUGAAACUCAACAACUAACUGAAAUAAAUGAACAAUCAACUCCACCAGCUUUAUUAACAGCAAUUCCUCCUGUUGGUAUUUCUACACGUCCAACAGCAAUUGUUGCAUCAGCUGGUCCAACACGAUCUAUUUCAGCUUUUUUUUCAUCAAAUUCAUCAAUAAAAAAAGCAACUAGUAAUAGUAAUCUUCAUAAUAAUUCAGUAUUUAAAACAAAUGAACAACAACAAAUAACAUCAUCAUCAUCAGCUUUUCAACCGAUUAAUUCUCUACAAAAUAUUCUUCAAAAACAAUCGACAAUUAAAUCUGCACCAGUUUUAAUGGAUAUACCGCAACAUAAAGCAUUAGAACGUGGACAACAAUUAAAUAAAGUACAUAUUUCUCAUCCACAAAGUCCAUCUAUAGUUCAUCUUAUGUUACAUGAAGAUUUUAAUACAGCUUGUCGUCUUCUUCGUGAUAUGGCAGCACAUCCUGAACUUCAAAUUGACCAUGCACCAACUCAUCCUUUCAAAGCUCAAGUCAAUCGUUUAUGUGCAUGUUAUCAUGAAGGUCGUUGGUUUCGUUGUCGUAUAUUACAAAUAUCACCAGAUUUUUCAACAGCUACAGUUAUUUAUUUGGAUUGGGGUAUGAUGAUUCCAAUGCAAAUAGGACCAGAAUAUAUUCGUCGUUUACCAAAUGAAUUUUAUGCUGAACCAGCGUGUUCUAUAAUGUGUCAUCUUGAUGGUGUACCUGAAACAAAUGAUUUAACUCCACCUGAUGUUAUUACUCAAUGUAUUGCUUUAUUAAGUGAAAAUGAAUAUGAUGUUACUGUUAAUGGUUAUGAUAGUACAACUGGAGGCAAAGUUCUUGUAUCGGUUAAUGGAAAAAUUAUUAAUGAUCAGAUAAGACAAUUACUUGUACCGAAUACAUUAAUGACACCAGAAGAAGAAUCAAUCGAACAAUUUCGACAUGAACUACCAUUAACUGUUGGCGAUGAAUUAAAAGCAUUACUUAGUUCAUUUAGUGGUAAAGAUGAUUCAUUUUAUGUAUUACUUGUUAAUGAAAAUACAGUUGUUAUUGAUCGAGCUAUGAAUCAAUUACAGGAAACUAACAUUUCAGAUCGUUAUACAUGUGAAAUACCACGAAUUAAAACUCUUGUUGUGGCUCGUUAUGCUGAUGAUGGCAAAUGGUAUCGUGCUUGGGUUAAAUCAAUUUGUUUACAGCGUCAACAAGCAAUUGUAUUUUUUGUUGACUUUGGUAAUGAAAGUACAGUAAUGUUUUCUGAUAUAUAUCCAUGUCCAGAAUCUGUUCGUACACUUCCAUGGCUUGGUAUACGUGUUCGUUUAACAAAUGAAACAAUGACACAUGAUGAAUUAGCUACAUUUUGGAAAAUAGCUGAAUCAAAUUAUAUAUGGAUAAAGAUUUUAGAAAUAUUAAAAGACUCGUAUGGCAUACAGAUCAAAAUUGAUUAUUCAAUUCUUCUUCGACAAGAACGAAUGAAAUCAUUAUCAUCUAAUCGAGUUGUUCAUAUAGGUGUACAGACAAUAUUUGAUGAACAAUCAUUAUCAACAAUAUGUCCAUCAAAUUGUUUAGAAAUAAAUUCAUGUUUAAUGACACCUUCAAUAGUUGAUCAAAGUCAAAUAGCAAAUGAAAAUUUGAUUCGUAAUUUAUUUGAAAUGAUUAGUAAUGAAUUACGUCGUCUUCGACAUCGUAUCAAUGAUAGUGAUGAAGCAUCACAAGAUCGUCAUAGUCAACUAAUGCAAUUAUUAUUUUCUACAUUUAAUUUAAAUAAUAGUAAUAAUCAAAAAAGACUUUAA